CCCUCGAAGAUGGCCGAGAUAAAAUCGUUCUUACUUCUUUCUUCGGUUAUAUUAUCGAUGGACUUAUCAUUUUCGGCCAGAAUUGCAGGUUUUAGCGGAUUUUAUUCGGGAUCCCAUUAUUUUACGAUCAAAAAGGUUAUGGAGGAGUUGUUCUCCCGAGGUCACGAGGUGGUGCUUGUUCGACCAGCAGUUCGUGAUGCACCACCAAGUAAUGAGCAGAAAAUUCCCCACAGGACAUUCCUGACUCCAUACGAUGAAAAAGAUACAGAGAACACAGCGAUAACAGCCAUGGAAGGCAAAAUGUGGAAGACAAUAAAUCGCUUACAUGAAAUGCAAAGAGUCAAUUGUGAAUACAUGCUGAAUGACACAGUGCUACUUCAAGAACUGAAAAGCUUUGACUUGAUAGUUUAUGAGAGUUUUUCCUUCUGUGCUGUUUUGGUCUCUGAGCUUCUUGGCAUUCCAAAAGUAGUCAUAUUUUCUGGUCCUCCAAAUGGUCCAGGAACUUUUGCCCAUAAUAUUCCCCACCCAGUAUCAUACAUUCCAGCACCAAUGACUUUAUUUACAAGCGAAAUGACAUUUUUACAGCGUCUUAUGAACUUUGGUACAUAUAAACUCACACAGUCUGCAGAACAAGUUUUAAUUGCCAGGUAUAUGGGUUCUCUGAAAGAGGAAUACAACAUCACUCCUGAGAAGAGCUACCAAGAAGCUGCUGGCAAUGCUGAGCUGGUGCUGUUUCUUGCUGAUUUUGCACUGGAGUAUCCACAGCCUCUUUUGCCAGGUCAAAUUAUGGUGGGUGCCAUUUCUGCAAAAGGGGAUCCUAAUACACUUCCCCCUGAAUUGAAAGAUUUUAUCAACAGUUCAGGGGGACAUGGGUUCAUUAUUGCCUCUUUUGGGUCAUAUGUACAAACAAUCAUAGCUAAGGAGAAGAUCGAUGUCUUGGCUGAAGGUUUUGGAAAGGUGAAGCAGAACGUCAUAUGGAAACUGAAAGGGUACAUACCUCCAUCUCUCAAUAAAAACAUAAAAGUAAUGAGCUGGAUACCUCAGAAUGAUCUGUUGGCUCACAAGGAUAUCAAAGCUUUUGUAUCUCAUGUGGGACACAACAGCCUUUAUGAGUCAGCAUAUCAUGGGGUGCCUGUGGUGGCUGUGCCCUUGUAUGCAGACCAAUUCCCUAAUGCCAGGAAGGCAGAACACUUUGGAAUAGCAACAGUUUUAGAUCACAAAAUUAUGAAUGCUAAACAACUUUCAGAGGCAAUUCAGCAUGUUAUUGAUGAACCAAGAUUCAAGAGAGAAUCCAAACGCAUUUCUCGUCUUAUGAAAGACAAUCCAAGGACCCCCCUGGAGAAAGCUGGGGACUGGAUAGAGUAUGUACACAGACAUGGUGGAGCCCAACACCUCAGAGCUCAAGUGUUUAACAUCCCUUGGUACCAGUACUACUUACUUGACGUCAUAGCUUUCCUUGUUGCUAUAGUAGCAUUAGUUGUCAUGGUGAUUAGGUUCGCAUGCAGGUGUUUUUGCAAAGCAUGCUGUAAAAGUAGUGGUACAAAAACUAAGAAGGAGUAGGCAUGCUAUAAUUGCUGUUCUGUAGGAUGUCACUGAGUGCUUAAUUUUGGGUGUUAUCACGAAAGGUGACACCUUCAAGAAAUUCCAAGCAAAUGCAAAUUGCAUGAAAUCAUCAUAGCCAACAUAUUGAUCAUGAUCCUGUUUCACGCACAAAAUUUAAAAAAAAUAACAAGUCA